AUGGUUUCCUUGCCCAUAAGCGUACCGGCGACACAGUUCCCAUUCGGACACGGUCUCUCCUACACUACCUUCCGCCUCUCCGAACUUGAGGUCGUGCAGGUGUACAUCGCGCAGCGUGCUCCUUGUGUCAAGAAACCCCUGAAGGAACUCAAGGGGUUCACAAAGGAGAAUAUUGCGGCUGGGCAGUCGAAGGUCGUCAGAGUUACCAUCGAGACGAAGUAUGCUACUAGCUACUGGGACGAGGAGAGGGAUACAUGGGUCUCUGAUGUUUUGGUGGGGACGACUAGUGCGGAGACGCCGAUGAAGGCGAGCUUUGAGAUUGAAGAGUCGAAAUGGUGGCUGGGACUAUAG